CAGCCCCAGCCCCGCUCCCACCCCCUCGCCUGCCUCCACCCUCCUUCCCUUUCUCUCGCUCGCUCGGCGAGAGCGCUGUGCCUCCUUUCCCGGAUGGCAGCCGGCAGCGCCAUGCAGCCUCCCGUUCCUCCUCCUCCUCUGCCUCCUCUCCGGCUGUAAGUUAAUGCCAUGCUGCCGCUGCUCUUCCCGGCACUGCUGGCCGCCUGCCUGCCGCCCUGCCAGGGCUGGAGCCCCUCGCCGGCUGCCAGCGGGCAGGAGGAGCAGGAGCAGGAGCUCUUCUUGCCCCCUGCCAACUCCUCCUCCCGCUCCUUGGCCAGCCUCGAGAUGGACCUCGACGGGGCAGCGAGCAAGGAGGAAGGCAGCACCGACAGCCCGGGCACGCCGGCUGCCCCUAGCCAAGAGCCUUUCUCUUCCGCUCCCACCACGUCCGGGCAGGAGCAGGAGCAGCCGGGGCAGGAGCAGCCGGGGCAGGAGCAUCAGCAGCGUCCCCAGCCGCAGGGGCAGCCGCAGCCCUCCGAGGACCCGCACUGCAACAUCAGCGUGCAGCGGCAGAUGCUGAGCUCGCUGCUGGUGCGCUGGAGCCGCCCGCUGGGCAUCCAGUGCGACCUCCUGCUCUUCUCCACCAACAGCCACGGGCGAGCCUUCUUCUCCGCCGCCUUCCACCGCGUGGGGCCGCCGCUGCUCAUCGAGCACCUGGGGCUGGCGGCCGGCGGCGCCCAGCAGGACUUGCGCCUCUGCGUGGGCUGCAGCUGGGUGCGGAGCAGGCGGGUCGGGCGGCUGCGGGGCACCGCGCCCCAGCCACAGCCCCAGCCUCAGCCACAGCCCCAGCCCCCCGCUGCCGCCGCCGCCGCCGCCUCCUCCUCGCUUUCCUACCCGCCGGCGGCCGAGCCCGGCCAGUACUGGCUGCAAGGGGAGCCGCUGAAUUUCUGCUGCCUGGAUUUCAGCCUGGAGGAGCUGAAGGGAGAGCCGGGCUGGCGGAUGAACCGCAAGCCCAUCGAGUCCACCUUGGUGGCGUGUUUCAUGACUCUGGUCAUCAUCGUGUGGAGCGUGGCCGCCCUCAUCUGGCCCGUGCCCAUCAUCGCGGGGUUCCUGCCCAACGGCAUGGAGCAGCGCCGCGGCACCGCCGCCAGCACCGCCACCGCCGCCGCCGCCAAGUAGCCUCUGCCGGUGACCCCCUGCUCUUCGUCCUGUGGUGGAGGGACGCGGGACGGACUCUGUCGCGUUUUUCUUGUUUGCAGCGUGCCACAGGUGCGCGGCGGGACGUGGGGCCGCCUCCGCGCCCGGCCCCGAGGGCAGCGGCCCCGAGGGGACCCAAUCAUAUGUGCGCGUUUUAUAUCUUUAAUACCCGUUUUAAACGAACCUUUUAGUAAAAAAACCCCCAAAAAUCUAAAAAAAAAAAAACCAACCCACCAAACAACCCCUCUCCCCUAGGAAAAAGAAAAAAAAAGGCAAGAAAAAGCCCCCCUAAAUUCAGUGGAGGAAAUCAAAGACCCUCCUAUUUGGCUGCAUUUGUUGUCAGAGUAGCGUUUUUGUAUAGGGUAUGGUUUGAACGGGUUUUUCCUUUAUGGACAGAAAGGGGUAUCUCUCUCUUUGACAGAAUGGAGAAGCGAUGUGGUAUAUAUAUAUUGUUACUGCUGAAGCUGAACUUUAAUGAACCUUUCACACUUAAUUUCCUGGUUGAGAUAGCGUGUAUUUAUUAUUGUAGCUCCGCGUUAUUUGGCUUUUAAUACAGAGGUUUUCUUUCUGGAGCCACUGUAGCCUUUUGUUGGUCUGUUUCCUCCAGGGUGGAACAGAGGGUUUGGCUGGCCUUCCUGUCUGCAAACCUGCCACGAAACUCCUUUCCCCGUGAAAUGGUGUUGCCAGGGCUGCUGGUGGCAAAAGGAGAAUCCCAGAGCUGGGAUUUCUGACUGGGGUUUGCCCUAUCUGUGCAGCAGAUGUGGGUCUGAAUGCCCACACCAGGGUUGGGUGGAGAGGGGUGGGGAGCACAGCUGUGCCAGAGAUCCUCCAAAGCAAUUUCAUCUGCACAUCUCCACAGACUACAGCUUUCUCCUCGGUUUGAGGUUGGCUGGCUUCUCUCCUGGGAAGGUGAGGCCCACUCUGAGUUGUGCUAAACAACGUGGGGCAAGUCUCUUGACUUGCUCAAUGUUCAUUCCUCAAAACCAGCUUGGAUGCAGUGUAUUUGUUGGAGACACAGUAAUACUGUACCUCUUUUUCAUCUACCAGUCUGCAGGGUUGCUCACAGCAAGUCUGUGGGGUGAGAAGGCAGGAGCUGCCAGUCCAGAACUAGAUUCCAGCUGCUGCUGUGCAAGGAUGCAAAGAAGAAAGAUUUCUUCUCUCUUGUUUGAGCAGACAGUUGUGUAGCCUGAAAUAUCAUUUGUUGUAUACUUCCAGCUGUUUAGCCUUAUAAAAAGUUGUUUCAUUUGCCUUAGACAUGAUUAGUCCAGCUGAAGUCUCUAAAACCAAAAUAAGAGCUAAGUGACAAAUAUUCGCAAUAGGAAUUCUCAUUUUUUUUGUCAACAUCGAUGUAUUUAAUUUGCUAGGAAGGCAUGAAUUUGCUUGGGGCUAAUUUGGUGUGUUUGUUAUGUAUGGUGGAAAUGACUGGAUAGAAAGGCUGGAGGGAUUAAAUUCUUAGGAUUCCCAUAUUUUUUAACUGACAACAAAAUAAAAUUAAUGCAUGCUCUAUGUGUAUGCUGUCUGGACAAAAAAAAAAAAAAGAGAGAAAAAGAUUGACAAACAGCAGAAAUAAAUCAAGAUUUAAAAAUGCUCCAUGUUAGUAGGCUGCCUCUACACCCCCUGUUCCUCCUGCUAAUCCUCUUGUCGGGGUUGUCACUUGAGUAGGCAUUGCAGUGGCAUUGUUUUCAGAAAGCAGAGUUUCUGGCCACUGUGGGAAGUGCUCUCUUGACCUGUUGAUCCAAAGGGCACCUGCUCCUGUACACCGAGUUUAGAGACCCCCUAUUUUUUUAGCUUGAUGUAUAAAACAGUGUCAUUUCCACCUCGUGCAAACUCUUGGCAGACAUUUGACAUGCUAGAGAGCAAUUCUUUGCCUAUUAUCUCCUCUGUGACAGAGACACCUCUUCAUACUGAAAGGCAGGGCUAGCAGGAAAACAUGAAGAUACUGCUAACACCCUCUCAAAAGAGAAAUCUUCUACAUAUGGAAUAGACCACUUCCGAAAAGUUGCUAUGCUAGGGAAUAAUUUCAUCUUUUGAAUGAGAUGCAUUUAGGCAGAGAGUUAACAAUUUUUACUGGAAAUUUUUCCGGCUUUAAUAAUUCAUGAUUUAUAGUCCUCACUGUGGUGCAGGCAGCUUGUGCUUAAGCUCAAGGAUGGAAGCUCUUUUCUGCUUAUCCUUGUUUUACUAGUGAUGUGAUACUGGGGUUUUUUCCUGAAUUGCAUCAACAUAAACAAGGGAAUGGUGUCUGAAACAGGCAACUUCUGUUAUUAAAGGCUUAUUAUUUUGCAGUUCUUGCAGACAUGUAGCAGGUGGAACACCCAAACUAGUACAAAAUGGCAUGUUUUUCUAACUUCUAUCAAUAUCAGCUUAAGUACAAACUUUGUGAAUAGACAGUGCCACACUCACAAUAUUUUGCUACUUCACUUAAAAAACAUGAUACAAGAGAGGGCUUUUUGUAUAGUUACACCUGUAACUGGAGCUAUUAUUAAAAAUCUGCUAAGACGUGAACGUGUAGAACACAGGGAUGGCAUCAAACAAACUCCAAAGGCAAAUCUUGUCCAGAAUACAAAAAAAUUGCAAUGUUUUCAGGGAGUGCUGAUCUCAGACACAGUGUGCAAAGAGCCCUUGUGGGUUAGGGAAGAUGUUUCCUUAGAUCACAGUGACCAUGCACAUGAGUUCCCUUUGCAGAGAGAGACCAGUCCGUGUUUCUGUCCCUUACAGAGGAGUUUAGGGCACAGCAGGGGGCACAGGGAUGACCUGCUGUACGGGCUUUGGGCUGAAUCUAACUCCCUGAAUCCCCAGGUUUCAGUGGGGUGGCAGCAGGGCUUCUCCUAUAGGGAACAGACAGUGGAAAUGCACUAUGCAAACUGGGAGCUUUCUUCAGUCACUGUUACACCUAACAUCUCUGCUCCUGGAGCUGUGGCUGCUACUAUGAGUCUGAGUAAACUAUAAUUUUGAGUAAUUUUUGCCUUCAUCCAUGGGAAUUUCACAUGAAUGCAACCUAGAAGAGGCAAGCCCAGGGCAACGUGCAAUGAUACAUCUGCACGCCAACUAGUUUAAGAUUACGAGUUUAGGCACUGAAAUGUCUAUUUCUCUUCUUCUGCACUGGGAGUGGGGCUUUGUUGUCUCUAAGCCAUUUUUAUUCAUUUGGACUUCUUUUUAAGACCAGCUGGGAGCAGGGUAAGCACGAGAGCAGAUUAGUCACCGUGUAUAAUCCUUUAUGUACUCAGGGAGGGCAUAUAUUUGUAUACAUGUAUCUACAUAGGAGGACUAACUCUGUAGAAUAGAAAGUUAAAGGAGAAGUGAGAAAAGGGAUGAUGAGAAACAAGUAGUACUGGUUUUCCUUCACUAUUUGUUGGAUCGUGUUUCCUGGUAAGUUAUCCUGACUUUAUUUAUAUAUGAGUGUUUGUUGGAAAGCAAGGGAUAUCUAGGAACAGAGGGAGUUUCUUGAUUUACUUUUAACAAUUCAGUUCAACUCUAUUACAGAUUUUUGUUUGUGCCAGAAACCAGGAACUAUCUUGACAUUCAGCAUUAAAAGGUACUACACUUGUGUGCUAGUGUGAGACUGGUACAAUUUUUUUCUGUAUAUUCAGACCUCAGAAUUUAAUCUCUCACCUGCUUUCUUAGUUGUGUUUCACAGAUGUGUUAGAAGUUGAAGUACGCAGAGGAAUAUGUAGUUUUAGCAUGGACGCAGUUUUGCUGUUUCUUAGUGCCACGUUGAUUCCGACAAUAAAAAUACAAAAAAUGUAGUACAGUGUAAUAAUAGCUAUAUAUUAUAUAAGCACACUGUUGCUCAAUAGGUUGUCAGUGAUCAAACAUUUCUGUAUGUCAGGAGGCAUUUGGAUAUUUGGGGCAAAAUUGCCAUUCUAGGAUAAAUGUAAGAGUUGUUACUUACCCAGGGCUUAGUUCACCAGUGCUUUCAAUGUUAAUGAACAGCAGGAAUAUUUGUGCAGUGAAUGUUACUCAAUAUGAGUAAGGGCUACUGAACCAGACCCUAAAAAAAACCUAAUUAAAAGCUGUAGUUGGCUGAAGAAGUAUUAUUCAUCAUGACAUCUGCUUGCUGAAUAAAAGUGUCUCCUGGGCUGACAUUAUGUGAUCCCAGGGGCCAAACAAAAGCCUAGUGAAAUCAAAUACUUAAUUGAAGUUUUGUAGGACUGGAGAUCAAAGGAUUUAUUUUGAAGAUAUAUAUAUAUAUAUAUAUAUAUUGAGGAAGGGUAGGUAUGAUGUUCUUGUUUCUCUUUGGUUUUUAUACAUGUAGUUUAUAAAUCCAAAGCCAGGAUUUCUCAGUCCAAUGUAGGGCCUUGCCAGCUUGAAAGUUAGCUUCUUUCUGAAGCUAGUAUGAAAAUGUCAGUAAUUUUUCAAGGAAUUUUACAGAAUAAAUGUAAUUUUUUUCCCCAAUCUAUUUCAGGGAGAGGCCUUGACUUUGCAAAAAGCAUUUGUAAUGAUUCUAGGGAAACAUGUAAAUAUCAAAUCCCAAAUGCAUUCAGAUUUCGAAGAAUAAAAAAUCUUUUUAAUCAGUAACUGAUUUUUAAAAGCAUAUUUUUAAACAAAAAAAUCAUUUUCCAUUUUCCCCCUCAGAAGCUGAACAUUUCAGUGAAGAUCAGAAGUGCAUUUGAGUGUUUCACAUUGUGAUUUUGUAUGUGAUUUAUUUUGUGGGAAAAAAAAUUCUCUUCCAUGAUUUGGAACUGAUAGCAGCUCUUAACAAAUAAGUUACUGUAUUUCUUGUCCCAUCUUCUUAAUAGUUCUGGUUAAAUAAGUUGUCCAAAAUAAUUGUAAAUCAUCAUCAUAAUAAUAAAAAAGUAGCUUAGCCCA